ACAUGCCAUGAGAAAACCUCCCCUUCCCCAAAUUUAGAUAUAGGACAUAAUACCCGCAAAAGCAAAUCCAAUCAAAACCAAAUUCUAUUCACAGACGCAACGUCUUCGUGUCGUUCCCACCGAAUCCGCUGUCCCCUCCCUCCCUCCAUCCGUCCGUCCGUCCAUCCCGAUGGAUCUAUCGACUUCGAAGAAGGGCGUUGCCGUCGGUGUCGGGAACGGCGAAGGCGGGUCGCCAGACAGCAGCGGCAGCAGCGGAGGGGCGGAGGAGAGGACAAGGUUCGAGUACUUCGGAUGGGUCUACCACUUGGGCGUCAACUCUCUUGGCCACGAGUACUGCCAUCUCCGCUUUCUCUUCAUUCGCGGCAAGCACGUGGAGAUGUACAAGCGCGAUCCUCACAAACAACCCGGCAUUAAGCCCAUUAGGAGGGGUGUUGUUGGGCACACACUUAUGGUGGAAGAGUUGGGACGAAGAAAGGUCAAUGAUGGUGAAUUUUAUGUUCUACGGUUUUACAAUCGGUUGGAUGAUUCAAGGAAGGGAGAAAUUGCUUGUACUUCAGCUGGAGAAACCCGCAAAUGGAUGGAAGCAUUUGAUCAUGCCAAGCAAAUGGCUGAAUAUGAGCUUUCACGAGGUGGUAGUGCAAGAAACAAACUGAACAUGGAGACAGAGAUCAAUCUUGAAGGACAUCGACCUAGGGUAAGGCGUUAUGCGCAUGGCUUGAAAAAGCUAAUUAAAAUUGGACAAGGUCCAGAGUCUCUCUUACGCCAAUCUUCAAACCUUCCUGCAAAUAUUGGAGCUGAUGGAUAUUGUCAACGUGAUGAUGGAGACGUGAUUGAAGCACAUGAGUGGAAGUGUGUUCGCACAGCGAAUGGUAUUAGAAUAUUUGAGGAUGUGGCAGGAUCAAAGACUGCAAAAAGUGUCCUUGUGAAGGCCGUUGGUGUUGUCGAUGCCAGUGCAGAUACUGUUUUUGAGGUGCUCAUGGAUGUUAAUCGACAUAAAAGAUAUGAGUGGGAUACUUUGACAGGUGAUUUGGAGUUGGUUGAUAGGGUAGAUGGACACUAUGAUGUUGUCUACGGAACAUAUGAUCCUAGACAUUUAACAAGAUGGCAUUCCAAGAGAGAUUUCGUUUUCUUCAGGCAAUGGUUUCGGGGGCAAGAUGGAACGUAUACAAUAUUACAGUCCUCUACAGUACACAAGAAUUGUCCUCUAAAAUCGGGGUAUCGACGCUCAAAAAUCAACCCUUCAACAUGGGAUAUCAGAAGUCUGAAUACCUCCCCUACCUCAAAUGGUGCAAGAUGUCUUGUAACCCAAAUCCUAGAGAUGCAUGCUGUUGGCUGGUUCAGGUGGAAGAAUAAUCAAUGGUCAAAGUUCGAAAGGACUGUCCCUUAUGCGUUGAUGAGUCAAGUUGCAGGAUUGAAAGAAUACUUUGGAGCAAAUCCAUCACUCAGUUCUGAAUCUUCGAUCACAUUUGUCCAGACAAAAUUUUCUGAUGUUUCUUCAUCAAAUAGUGAAUAUGAGGAUGUGGAAGAUGUUGAUGAGUUCUAUGAUGCAACCGAUGAUGAAGAUAGUGAUGAUGAAGUAGAAAUUGAUAGUAAGGAACAAAAGGUAAAGCUGAAGAACAUCUCAUGGGCUAUUGCAAGCUUGGCUUUGAAGCGAACUUCAGCUCCAGAUUUGGACGAGGAAUUAGAUCCAGGUGUUCCUCCAGUUGUUCUUGAUCCAAGCUAUCAUGGUUCUUUGCACCAAGGGAAGGAUGAGACUGAUACUAAUUGCUGGACAUCUCCUAGUGGUUCUGGAUUUAUGAUCAGAGGAAAGACUUAUCUGAAAGAUAGCUUGAAGGUAAGUGGAGGAGAUCCACUUCUAAAGCUCAUAGCAGUUGACUGGCUUAAAGUUGAGAACUGCAUUAGUCAGGUUGCAUUGCAUCCCAGAUCUCUUGUUCAGUCAGAAGCUGGGAAAAAACUCCCAUUCAUUCUCAUUGUUAAUCUUGAGGUUCCAGCAAGACCUAACUACAGCUUGGUUUUAUAUUAUGCUGCUGAUAGGCCUAUAAAUAACAAGUCUCUUCUCAGUAAAUUUGUUGAUGGAACUGACAUGUUUCGCGAUUCUAGAUUUAAACUAAUCCCGAGAAUUGUUGAGGGAUAUUGGAUGGUGAAGCGUGCAGUUGGCACAAAAGCUUGUUUAUUAGGUAAAGCAGUUUCCUGCAAAUACCUAAGACAAGACAAUUUCCUGGAGAUUGAUGUAGAUAUUGGCUCAUCAUCAGUUGCAAGGAGUGUUAUCAGUCUUGUCCUUGGAUAUGUGACGAGCAUUGUUGUUGAUCUUGCAAUUCUAGUUGAGGCCAAAGAAGAGGCUGAACUUCCUGAAUACAUUCUUGGAACUGUUCGUCUGAAUCGUGUGAAGCUGGACUCUGCUGUACCUCUUGAGCCUUGAGAUAUUUGAUGCAUCAGAAAGCUUUGACCAUCAUGUUUGCAUGGUUUCUGUUCUCUCUGUAGAAUGAAUUUUCAAGGUCGUUUAAACCUGGGUCCAUACGGAACAAGUGAAGAGCUUCCUGGAGAAGAAAUUAAAAUGGAGGACUUGUCCCUUUCUCCAAUCACUUUUUACUAGCUCCGCCACUGUUUUCGUCUUUAGCCCUGCUACAGAUUGAUUGAUAGUUGCUUUAUGAUUGUUUAUUUUCAUCCAUGUAAUUUAGACCCUCUUGAAAGCUGAGUCCACAAGCGAUGAUCCACCCUUCUACUACAUUUUGUGCUUUUAGAAUGUCAAAAUUACCCUUCAUUCUACACUAGGGGCUUUGAUAUUUAAGGGCUAUGGGUCGUAAAUCAUCUACUAGGAUUCCCCAUGGAGUGGGAAUUGUCUUUGGAUAUGUAAUUUGUUAUUGAUUUCUGAAAAUGGGUAUUUCAUAAGUAGUUAAGAUAUGAAA